UUACAUUUUAUACAUUUAUUUUUUUAAAUUUCUAAUAAGCGCUACAUGUUAUAAUAUACCCAUUUUUAAGACAUAUUCUACAUGGUCAGUAAUUUUAUUGUCAACUACUUUCCAAAAAACAAAAUAUUUAUUGUAAAAGAACAUCCUAUUCUCACAAAAAAAUAUUAAACAACUAUCGCGUUUCUCUAAAACCUGCAAAUUAUUCAACUGAAGAGUAUUCUUUUACAGCUUCUUUCUCUUCUAUCAGAAAUAAUUCUGGAUAAACUGGUAAACAUUUUCAACAGUACCAAGUUUUCUCAUCACUGUCCUCAUUGUCCUGUCACAAAUCUGGCUUAUAUUUAGGUCUUAUAUAUGGAGGAGGACUUGGUCUACAAUGCAAUCCUCUGUUUAUGGUAGAAUUGGGGCUGUUUGAAUGGCUACAAAGAUCCGGAGAAAGAGUCAUGUCCCUGUUGUAGAUUUUCGUUGAUAAGGACGUACUCAGCAGGGAACAGGGAGGGGCUGCUGCCCCCAACCCGCUAGGUCCUAGAAUUAACUACAAAAUUGCUUAAAGGCUCGACAUAAAAUAAUAUUGAUUAGUUUUAAAAAUUGAUUUUUUUUAUUUGUGGAACAUUUAUUAAAUCAAAAUUUCUAGUCUAGGUGUAGAAUGUCUUUAAUACAUGUUAAACGUCAGUUUGUUGUCUGUUGUAAAAAAACGUCAAAGUCAAAUGAAAUAUAAAAUGAAUAACUUAACCUAAAAAAAACUGAUAAUUUUCGUUGAUUAAUUUACUUUAGAUUCAUAUUUUUAAUGUAAAAUGUUACAAAAUAGCAAUAAAAUACGAUAUUUGUGUGCUGCAGCUCAAUGUAUAUCUCACUCAAAAUUAAUAAGUGAAAUAUGUAUAAAAUCGGCAGUGAGUUAUGUCCAGACAAGAUUGAAAAAAGAUGAUUCAAAUUUAUCCAGUUUAUUUGUGCCUGUUCAAGUUAAGCCGAAUAUAGACGACAUAAAUAUAGGAGCUGAAUUGACGGGGAGUCUUAAUAAAACUGAUUUAUUAAAAAUUUUAAAUAAAUUUUAUCAGAAAAAAGAAAUAAAGGCAUUAUUAAGUGACAAUGGUUUAGACCAUUACCUUCAACACCAAGCUUAUGUGAGCUUCAGAAGGUAUUGUUUAGAAGCUCAAAACCUUCCUACUGAUAUUCAUGUUGUAUUUAGUGAUAUAUUACAAGGUGCAGGAAAUAUCACUGAUAUAUUUCCAUAUUUCCUUCGGCAUGCAAAGUUAAUGUUUCCACAUUUAGAUUGCAUGGACGAUUUAAAGAAAAUAUCAGACUUAAGAUCACCUGCUAAUUGGUACCCUCAAGCCAGAGCCAUAAACAGAAAAAUCGUUUUCCAUGCGGGGCCCACAAAUUCAGGAAAAACUUACCAUGCGUUAGAAAGAUUCAUGACUUCUAAAUCUGGAGUUUAUUGUGGACCUUUGAAAUUACUGGCCAGUGAAGUGUUUAGUAAGACAAAUAGUAGGGGCACACCUUGUGAUUUGGUAACUGGCGAAGAAAGAAAUUUUGCUGAUCCAUCUGGAAAUGUUUCUAGCCAUGUUUCAUGUACUGUGGAAAUGACUUCAAUUCAAAAUCCUUAUGAAGUAGCUAUUAUAGAUGAAAUACAAAUGAUAAAGGACCCCCAAAGAGGUUGGGCUUGGACAAGGGCCCUAUUGGGGCUAACUGCAGAAGAAAUUCAUCUUUGUGGAGAAGCAGGCACAAUUGAUUUGAUCAGACAAAUUUGUUUAACUACUGGUGAAGAUAUAGAAGUUCGACACUAUAAAAGAUUAACACCUUUGAAAAUUGAAGAAUCUGCAGUAGGUUCACUAGAAAAUGUCAUGCCUGGUGACUGUAUAGUAUGCUUUAGUAAAAAUGACAUCUACAGCGUAUCUAGAGGCAUUGAAGCAACGGGUAAAGAAGUAGCUGUAAUUUAUGGAGGUUUGCCACCAGGAACAAAGUUAGCACAAGCAGCUAAGUUUAAUGAUCCCGAAAAUAGUUGUAAAAUAUUGGUAGCCACAGACGCCAUUGGUAUGGGACUCAAUCUGAGUAUUAAAAGGGUAAUUUUCUAUUCAUUAAUUAAAGCCAGCAUGAAUGAAAAAGGAGAGAGAGAAAUGGAUACAAUAUCUGUGUCUUCGGCUUUACAAAUAGCAGGCAGAGCUGGAAGGUAUGGAACCCAAUGGCCAGAAGGAUCUGUAACGACUUUCAAACAAGAAGAUUUGCCUACACUAAAAUAUUUAUUAGCUUCCCAACCAGAACCCAUAAUUCAAGCGGGACUUCAUCCUACAGCAGAUCAAAUUGAGUUGUAUGCUUACCAUUUACCAAAUUCUACGCUUAGUAAUCUUAUGGACAUAUUUGUUAAUUUAUCAACAGUAGAUGACUCUCUAUACUUCAUGUGCCAAACUGAGGAUUUUAAAUUUUUGGCAGAUAUGAUUCAACAUGUACCACUUCCGUUAAGGGCUAGGUACCUAUUUUGUUGUGCUCCUAUUAACAAAAAGAUGCCUUUUGUUUGUACCAUAUUUUUGAAGUUUACAAGACAGUACAGCAAAAACGAAACAAUAUCUUUUGACUGGUUAUGCAGAAAUAUAGGGUGGCCUUUACAGCCUCCAAAAACGAUAUUAGAUUUAGUACAUUUGGAAGCAGUAUUUGAUGUAUUAGAUUUAUACUUAUGGUUAAGUUAUCGUUUUCCUGACUUAUUUAACGAACCCAAUCUUGUGCGGGAUGUGCAACGUGAACUAGACCAAAUUAUACAACAGGGUAUUGUUCAAUUGACCAGAUUGUUGAAAAAUUCAGAAACAGUUAUAAGUUCUGGCACGGGAGAUGCAGACGAUGAAGAAUUUUUAAUGAACAGGCAGAAACAGUCUUAUUUGAGAGGACCAAAAUCAGGUCAAUUAGGCAAAGGAAAGCUGACAGAGCGCCUGCUAGCUCAAGGAAUUUUAACGCCAACAAUGUUGCAAGAAUUGAAAAAGGAAUGGAAUAAAGGUCCUGUACUGAGAGACAUUAUGGAGGAGGAACCUAAAAAAAUUAGAAGAAAAAGGAAGACUACGAAAUAAUUAUAAGUAGUUAUUAUUUUAAAAUUAUAUUUUGUUUUUAAUUAGGAUUAUAUUAAAUAAAUAUACGAUA